AUGGUUUCGCUCAGUGCGGAUAGACUACAUUUGCGUUUACUCAAACCUUCAGUAAAACCAAUACUUCUGUUAGCUAUUUUAUCUAGACUUUUUGUAUGGAUCCUUGCAUUUCUGUCUUCAUACCUUCUCGAUGACUACGACUCGGCGGCGGAUGUAUUGUUUCAAGCCAACUCGUUGUUGCAGAAAUUGUUCAACUUGACAUUUCGCGCAUUCUUGCGUUGGGAUGCGUUUUAUUUUUUACAUUUGGCGGAAGAAGGUUACGUCUAUGAACAAGAGCAUGCUUUCUUUCCCGUCUUGCCUCUUGUAAUUCGCUUCUUUGGAAAUUAUGUCCUGUGGCCGUUAGAAUGGCUUUUAUUAAAAAAACAAGUACUGCUUCUUGCCGGUAUUCUAGUGUCCAAUUUUUCCUUUGUAUGUGCGACAGGCAUGAUAUACAAACUGACCUUGUCCAUAUCCAAUGAUCACAAGUUUUCUCUCAUCACUGCUCUGUUUUACAUUCUCACACCAUCAAACAUCUUCAUGUCGUCAUUGUACGCUGAAAGUUUGUUUGCCGUUUUGAGUUUUAUGGGAAUGCGAUGGGUAAUGCAGGGAAAUUUCUGGAAAGCCGCUUUGGUUUGGUCCGUAGCGUCCGGCGUAAGAUCGAACGGGAUAACGUAUAUAGGCUUUUUCGUAUUCGAGCUCUUGAAAAGCCACGCGGGAGGAUGUAAACAUCUCAUCAAGAAAAUCCUGUCAACUGUUCUGUAUAGUUUUGUCACUUUACUUGGGUUUAUAAUUUUUGAAAUUUUUGGAUAUUACAAGUAUUGCCAUUUACAUUCGCCAAAGCGCCCUUGGUGCGAUUCAUACGUGCCGUUGAAUUAUUCGUUCAUACAGAAACAUUACUGGUCCUGCGGAUUUCUCUCUUAUUAUGAAGUGAAACAGAUUCCUAAUUUCCUGUUAGCAUCUCCUAUGAUUGCGCUCUCAUUGUGCGGGAUAUAUACGUAUUCGAAUUUUGACUGGCAGAGGAUCCUUUCGUUAGGAUUGCAAAGAACGAAACCGUUGGUUAAAGAUGAAAAUCAACCAACAGUGGCCAAAGGCAAGACCGUAACUUCGCCUUAUUUCAAUUCAAAAAUUCUACCAUUCAUUUAUUUAUGGGCAGUUCUCCUGUUCUAUGCUAUAACGUCCAUGCAUGUUCAAUAG